ACUGAGUACACUGGAGACCUCACCUGGUACCAAGUCGGCACAGGAUCUUGCGGAUUGACCAGCACCUCGGACGAGGCUGUUGUCGCUAUCUCCCACACCAUCUUUGACGACCCUCAGUACGCCACCGCCAACCCCAACCUUAACCCUCUCUGCGGCAAGACUGUCACUAUCAAGGGCAAGAACGGAUCUUCUUACACUGCCAAGGUCGUUGACCGCUGUGUCGGCUGUGUUGAGGCCGACCUCGAUCUCAGCGAGGACUUCUUCAACGAGGUCACCGCCAACGGCGAUGGCCGUGUUCCUGGCAUGACCUGGAGCUGGAACUAA